UCCGUGUUUAAGAUUUUUGGUGCUGCAUCAGUCGAAUGGGAGCCAUUUAGCAACAUGAUGCCAAUGCACCCUGUAGCUCUUGGUAGUCAAUCCAAAUCCUCUUCCCAUCACUCUUUCCUCCAUCAACGUCGCCAUUCAUUUAGAGACAUUACAACUUCAAGGAUCCAUCAACAACAAAGAAUCCCUUUACUGCAUCAUUCUGCAAAAUCACCUCCACCUUUACUUCAUAAAUCUUCUGUAGCAAGAUGGAAAACACAGCCAUCGAGACAUCCGGGUGUUCAUGAAGCUAUUUUCUUUGCUGACCAACCGGUUACCGGAAAUCUUGGAUUCUGUGGUUACAUGCUUACUAUAAUGUCUACAAUCUUCUUAUUGUUGACCGCACCGAUUUCAGUUUUCUUUUGUAUUAAAAUUGUAAAGGAAUAUGAACGUGCUGUUAUUUUCCGUUUGGGAAGGCUAAUUCCUGGCGGUGCCAGAGGGCCAGGCCUUUUCUUUAUUAACCCUUGCAUUGACAAUUUUCGAAUUGUGGAUCUUAGAGACGCAGUAACGGUGGCGGUAGAUGUAGUUGUUUACUUUAGAAUUUCUAAUGCUACAAUUUCUGUCACUAAUGUGGAAGAUUCUAGUCGUUCUACUAAAUUAUUAGCUCAAACAACCCUUAGAAAUGUUCUUGGAACUAAAACUUUGGCUGAAAUGCUUAGGUAG